GAAGCAGAGAGUGGAAAUCUCCGCCUUCUCAGUCGCAAAGCUCGCACCUAAAACCAAACCCUCCCUCCAGUCAGAUCAUAGUCCCCAAGUGUUAGGUUUCGGGCUCCUGCUAUGGCUCCGGCUUUCGUGAUCAACGGUGAGCUCGCCGGCGGUAAGUCCGCUACGGCGAAUAACGGUGGCCGCCUGGCUUCGGUUUACAGCGAAGUCCAGACCAGCCGUAUCGACCAUGAGCUCCCUCUCCCCUCUGUGCUCAAAGGGUCCUUCAAGAUCGUCGACGGACCCCCCAGCUCCGCCGCCGGCAAUCCCGGUGAGAUUGCGAAGCUAUUCCCAUGUCUCUUCGGGCAGCCAUCUGCAUCACUGGUGCCUUGUGAUGGACCCAUCUCGUCUGAGAAGAAGUUGAAGAUUGGUGUGGUCUUGUCGGGAGGGCAGGCUCCUGGUGGACAUAAUGUGAUUUGUGGAAUCUUCGAUUACUUGCAGGACCGUGCGAAGGGAAGCACAUUGUAUGGUUUCAGGGGUGGUCCUGCUGGAGUGAUGAAGUGCAAGUACGUGGAACUAACUUCAGAGUACAUCUACCCCUACAGGAACCAGGGUGGGUUCGACAUGAUCUGCAGUGGGAGAGAUAAAAUUGAAACUCCAGAGCAGUUUAAGCAAGCUGAAGAAACAGCACGAAAACUUGACCUGGAUGGCCUCGUUGUCAUUGGAGGAGAUGACUCUAACACAAAUGCUUGCCUCCUGGCGGAGAACUUCAGGAGCAAAAAUAUGAAGACUCGUGUAAUGGGAUGCCCUAAAACCAUUGACGGUGAUCUCAAAUCCAAGGAAGUGCCCACAAGUUUUGGAUUCGAUACUGCGUGCAAGAUAUAUGCAGAAAUGAUUGGCAAUGUCAUGGUGGAUGCCCGGUCAACUGGAAAGUAUUAUCACUUUGUUCGGCUCAUGGGACGAGCUGCAUCCCACAUCACACUGGAGUGUGCGCUGCAAACUCAUCCAAACAUUACUAUUAUUGGAGAAGAGGUCUAUGCUAAGAAGCUGACGCUGAAGAAUGUCACGGACUACAUGGUUGAUAUAAUAUGCAAACGUGCAGAACUUGGCUACAACUAUGGUGUCAUUCUCAUUCCCGAGGGUCUCAUCGACUUUAUCCCUGAGGUGCAACAACUUAUUGCUGAAUUGAACGAAAUUCUUGCCCAUGAAGUUGUUGAUGAGGGAGGUCUGUGGAAGAAAAAACUCACUGAUCAGUCACUGAUGCUCUUUGAGUUCUUGCCUCAAGCAAUUCAAGAACAGUUGAUGCUUGAGAGAGAUCCCCAUGGAAAUGUCCAGGUUGCCAAAAUCGAGACAGAAAAGAUGCUUAUUCAGAUGGUUGAAACGGAGUUGGAGAAGAGAAAGCAUGAGGGGACAUACAAUGCUCAAUUCAAAGGGCAGUCUCACUUUUUCGGAUAUGAAGGCCGAUGUGGUUUGCCAACUAACUUUGAUGCUAACUACUGCUAUGCUUUGGGUUACGCUGCCGGGGCCCUUCUUCAUGAUGGAAAAUCUGGAUUGAUAUCUUCGGUUGGGAAUUUGGCUGCUCCUGUCUCUGAAUGGACUGUGGGUGGCACUGCUUUGACAUCCUUGAUGGAUGUUGAGAGGAGACAUGGAAAAUUCAAACCUGUGAUCAAGAAGGCAAUGGUGGAGCUUGAAGGUGCACCAUUCAAGAAGUUUGCAUCUAUGCGGGACGAGUGGGCCAUCAAGAAUCGCUACAUCAGUCCCGGUCCCAUCCAAUUCAUCGGCCCAGCAUCUGAUGCCGUCAACCACACUCUGUUGCUGGAAUUGGGAGCUUGAGCUUAUAACUAGGUGAUGCUAAUCGGUUUCGUGUUUCUGCAAUCUUGUGAUGAGAGCUUUUCGGUUUUAGUUUGCAAAGUUUUGGAAGGUAGUCAGAAUAUUGUUGUGGAUCCGAAUUGAUCGGAUUGGGAAUGGAUAUUUAAUAACGGUACUACAUAAUAAAGGGUGAUUGUUUGGGCCGUUUCCAUAACAGUUGAGUUCAUUUU